AUGAGGCGAUUACUUGACUUGGCUAUGAGCGGUUGCAAAGAAGGGAAAGUAUCGGAUCUUAUAGCUCAUUAUAAGACGUACAUUUCAAUUCUUUUGACCGUUUGCGUGGGGACACGAAUGUAUGGCUAUUUGUAUGACGAAAUAUGGCCAAGGGUAGAACGCGAUAUGUUGUCUCGUUACAUAUUUCUUGAAUCCCUCGAUGAAUUCGUGUUGGAUGGAACACUGGACUCGCCGCCGCCGGCAUUGGUUUCGGCCUACAUCACCCACCUAGCAUCGGAAGGGCACUUCUCACAAUUACAAGCUUCAGUCGUUCGAUUUCCAAUACAGUGUAUUGAUUUGCAUUAUGUAAUGUCAACCUGCAAGCAGAAUGGUCUUUACGAUGGAAUUAUCUACGUGAUGAACAAAGCUCUUGGAGAUUAUUUGUCGCCGCUAGAGGUAAAUCACGUGGUUUUUUUUCGAAGAGAUGUUGAGAUGUUAAGCGAUGUUUCAUCUUUCGCUUCAAACGAGGUGCUAUCAGAUUCUGAAGUAGAGAGGGGUAAUAGAUUAUUGUUGUAUUUACACUGCUGUCUUGCUGGUCAUUCUUAUCCUUAUGGUACUUUACCACCUGACCAAUUGGCUACCGGUCUAUCGUUGUAUAUUACUUCUUUGAAAGGCAAAGACGGUAUUUCUUCUGGUGUAUCAUAUCCGUAUCUCAGGCUUUUGCUUCUUUUUGAUGCUCAACAGUUUACCCAUGUGAUCCGUACUUGUGCUGACGCUCCGAUAUUUCAAAGUGAAGGAAGAUUACAACGCCUUGUUGAGAAUAUCGGUCGAUUGUCGAUGGAGCUACGAAAUGAAUCAGCGCUGGUGCAUUUUCUAUUGCUCAUCAGUCAGUUGGUGGACAUUACUGGUGUGGUGACUCCAGUCGAGAUUGUUGAGGACGUUGUCUCCACUUUGAUGCGUAUGAAAUGGCAAAGCUCUUCGGCAGAGUUCGCUAUUGUAGAAACUCUCAAAGCGGUUCCCCAAAUAGACAGAAAGGCUGUUCUUCGUAUGGCUUCGUCCCCCAUGAGAAAAGAGAUAUGCACAUUUAUUUAUUGUGGCGAACGUAAAUUCGUGGAUCUCAUUAACUGCUAUAUACGUGAUGCAGAUAACGAGGGGAUAUUUUCUGUCAUCCGUCGAAUCCUUCACACUGACCUAACCCAACAAGAGUAUCAGGAGGUGUCACAAGU